AUGUGUUCCUUAACAAAUAUUGAUAGUAUUGAUGACAAUGAAAUAUUUAUUAUAUCACUUAAUCGAAAAAUACCAUUGAGACAUUUGAAUUUGAUGUAUUGUCUUGAUAGCAAGUUGGAAGAAUUUAUUCGAACAAAGUAUGAUGAUAUAUCCAACAUGAUUCAAUUGACAUACAACGUAAAAUAUGAUUGUGUGAUGAUAGAAUCUAUUCUAAACUUGCUAAAAUCAAAUAAUAUUUCGUCAAGCCCAUUCACUUUGGAAAAUGCUAAUGAUAUAAUACGCAACUAUUCUAUGAACCAUCAUUUUCUUUCAUUAGCAUCACCAAAUACCAUACAGCCAUUCACCUUGAUUUGUUUAAAUUGCCAACAUCCAUUAAAACUACUAUUCAAAGAAAAGGUGAAUGUUUUUCUUCUUGAUCGUGUUGAUAAUGGCAUUAUUUAUUCUGCUAAUUGUUGCCAUAUUGAAUACCACACAAACAGUUAUAUAAAAAAUUCAAAACGUCUUGUGGUUCAUAACUCCUUGCAUAAUCAAAAAUAUAUUACUUUUGGUGGUAAAUGUGUUCUGAGUAUUGAACUUUUAUUGAGAUAUGCUUCAGAUUUGAUUAGUAUGUACACAGGAUUUGAAAAUUUUUGCGAAUCAUACAAUGAUACCAUCAAGUCACUUUUAUUACAAAGUCUGAAUGAAAGUGAUCCGCAAAUAAAGAACCAACCGAUGUUAGAACGUCGUCUAUUUGAAAAUAUAUGGUUGAUUUAUUCGUCUUCGCUACUUGAAAUGUUUUUGUCAAAAGUUGAAGAAAUUGAAAUCCCAUUAAAUAUCAGUAAUCGUGAUCAACGAAAUUCUUUUCUUACUAGUCACUUACCUAGUUUGGAACAGAAUUUCACUUUGUUUUGGUCGAGUCACUCGUUAAACUUCAAUUGUGGUCAUCAAUGCUCCAGAGCCAUUGUAAUAGAUGGCUUUCAAAAACCAGAUCGAUUUGUUUGCCAAUUUUCACAAAAAUUAAUUCAUUCGGAGGAGCUUGGGGAUAUCGAAUGGAGUUGUGGUUUUCGCCCUGAAAUGAUCAGAGAUAAAGCACAUCCAGGUUAUUGGACGAAUACCAAAUAUUGUCCUGAACAUAUUCAUCUUGAAAAUAAUCAAUCAGAAAAUAUUGCUAUUGAUAAAGAUGAAUAUGACAGUAUUGAUUGUAACGUCUCAAGAGAUUUGCCUAAGUAUUUAAUAUAUGACAACGCGUGUGGUUUACUGCUUACACUUCAAAAACGUCUUCAAAAUGGCCAAAUUCAACAUACCAUCAGAUCAGAUACAUUGUAA